GUCCUGCCUUGUAAAUUAGAGGAAACAUAUAAACAGUAACUUCCUGUAAAAUACACAUGCCGUUUUCAGUCUCCUCCCCAGUGGUUCUUCACAUGAGUUCCUACCUUCACAAACAUAGUGUAGAAAUACAACAAACAGACAACAUCAGCAAGUCAUAUAUUUCAGGUUAAGUCCAAAACCUUUGCUAGAAUGUCCACCCAGGUGAUCUCAACUGACAACGCUAAAGUUGUCAUCCAGAUAAAUCCACAACUGGUUCAAGAGAGUGGUGAGGGACAAGAUAAGAGUGGAACUUAUCACAAUGCAGUUCUUAGAGGUUUUUUCAAAGCACAACCAAAGGCACUGGGGACUGUCCAGAUAUUGAUUGGAGUGAUGAUCUUUUUAUUUGGCAUUGUGCUGACCAUAACUUCUGAGAGACCUGAUAAUAUAACUGUUCUCAGUGGCGUAACCUACUGGGGAUCCCUCAUUUACAUCAUUGCUGGCUCUCUGUCUGUUGCUGCGGAAAAUAAACUCCAUUACUGUGUGGUAAAAGCUUCACUUGGAAUGAAUGUGGUCAGUGCCAUAACUGCAGGGGCAGCCAUUUUUCUGAUGUCUGUGAAUUUAGCAAUUGCAUUAAGUUUCCAUUGCUACAGGUCAGCACAGUCUAGAGACUGUAUACAAGUUAAGGGGACAACUGGAAUUUUCCUGGUGUUCACCAUCCUUCAGUUCAUCAUCUCUCUCUGUAUCUCGGCAUUUGCCUGCAAAGCCACGUGUGACACAAACCCUUCAAUGGUCAAUGUUUUACUAAAAGAGAGACCAUGAGUCACAGUGAUGAGAUCCUGCAGUUUAAAAGUUGGAAUGAGUUCAUUUCUCAUAUACUUUUCUCAUGCAUUUUUAUUGUGUUUUAAUAGUAUUCCUGUUGCAUUCUGAACUUGUUUAAUUUCCAUUACAAUUUGUACAUUUAUGUGCUUGAUCUCUGAGAAACAAUACAAAAUUCCAUCUUUGAAAAAACAUCUUUCUCGAUCACAUUAAGGAGUCUUGUUUAAUAGAUAAAUUCAAUGCACAUAUUAGAUAUUUAUAGACGUUUCAGCAGCAACAACAUAAACAAACCUUGACUUUCGUAGCUCAAACUUAAAGGGGCCAUGGCACAAGAUUUUUUUAAGAUGUCAAACAAAUCUUUGGUGUCCCCAGAGCACACACGUGAAGUUUUAGCUCAAAAUAACAUAUAAAUAAUUAAUUAUAGCAAAAUUACCACUUUGUAGGUGUGUGCAAAAAUGUGUAGGUUUGGAUGUGUCCUUUAAAAUGCAAAUGAGCUGAUGAAAUUCAAACACUGAUCACAAUGAUGGUGGUUUGUUGCAAUUAAAACUCAAUUGUGCUUUUCUCUGCACUAAAUAGCAGUGAUGUGGUUGGAUAGUGCAGACUAAGGGGUGGUAUUAUUAUAAUAAGAGCUCAUCAUUCUUAUGAUGACAUCAUAAGAAGAGGCAAAUUUCAACUACCUAUUUUUUCAUGUGCUUGUAGAGAAUGGUUUACCAAAACUAAGUUACUGGGUUGAUCGAAGUACUGGGGACCCAAUCAAAGCACUUAAACAUGGAAAAAGUCAGAUUUUCAUGCCAUGGCCCCUUUAACUUCCUUUAGGCCAUUAUGUAAGAUACACUGAAAAUAUGUAAUUAUAUUUAAUUUCUGUCAAUAUCAUCAUUAAAUUGACACCAAUUUACACACAGCUCUUUGAUUUAAAAAUGAUGAUGAUAACAAUGCUAAAUAUUGAAUAAUCAAAAAUCAAAAAUCACAGCCCAGACAAAUUAAGAAUAUGGAAGCUUCUUUGAUCAAUAUUUUCUUUGUCUUCUCAUCGUUUUCGGAGGGCUGUUCUUCUUGUUCUUGAUAGUGUCACUGGUGUGUAAUUCUAUCUCCUCUGGUUUUUGCAUGUCUUCACUGUGCCUUAUGGUAUUUCUAAUGCCUUGCAAAUAUUUUUUGUGGAACGUACCCAAGUUACCUUUAAAAACUGAAAUAAUGUUGAUGAUUGUUAAGCUUUUUGUGGGCCAAGACUUGUUCAUCCUAGUGUUUUAGGAUCUCCAUAUUCAAAAUUGACUGUUCACUAUAUGCAAAAAGUUAUAUUUGGACAUCCUCCAAGUUUAAAUUAAUAUUAGACUAAUAGCUAUUUUGCUUAGCAUUCCCCAUAGUGUCAACAAGUGACGCACCAUCUUGAUCCCUGUCUCAUGGAACCGUGUUGUACUUGUAACC